GUCAUCCUGGACACCAAUCUCAUUCCCACAGUUUCCUCGCCUUUGGCACAAUAUGACAACUCCAACGACCAUGCACGCCCUCGUGUACAGCACGUACGGCGACGCCAGCGCCCUUUCUAUGAAGCAGAUUCCUGUUCCCGUGCCCACCGCCAACGACGUGCUGGUGAAAGUGGCCGCCACGUCCGUCAACAAGGGCGACCAGGUCAUCCUUGGCGGAACCCCAUUCAUGGUCCGUCUAGCCACUGGCCACGUCUUCAAGCCAGCUCCCGACACCGUCAUCGGGUCGGAUUUUGCCGGCACGGUGCACGCCGUUGGUGCGGCUGUGACCAAGUUCCACGUGGGCGACGAAGUGUACGGCCAAGUGAACUUUACGACGGGACGCGGGUCAUUUGCCGAGUUUGUAUGCAUGUCCGAGUCCGACACGUUGUGGCUGAAGCCCACGAACUUGACGUUCGCAGAGGCGGCGACGAUGCCUUGUGCGGGUCAAACGGCGCUGCAGACGGUGCGCGACGACGGAGGGGUCACGGCCGGGUCCAAGGUCGUGAUCAACGGCGCAUCGGGGGGCGUCGGGUCGUUCGCCGUCCAGAUCGCCAAGGCCCUGGGGGCCCACGUGACCGCCGUGUGCAGCCAGACCAACGCCGGAGCUGCGCGACAACUGGGCGCCGACGAUGUCGUGGACUACCAGUCGCAGGACUUUGUCCAAAAAUGCCAAGGCCAAGCCGACGUCCACGUCGACUACGCCGGGAGUCGAACCAUGCGGGACAACUGCAAAGUGCUGACUCAGCAUGGCACGUACGUGACAGCUGGUGGCCCGCCCGAGACGUUCAUGGGUCGAAUGGCGUGCUUCCUGGCUCUCAAGCCAUUUGUGAGCCAGCGACUCGUGCUGGGGAUGCUCAAGCCGUCGCAGGCCCUGCUCGAGUCGCUCAAGGAGCUGGCCGAAGCAGGCCACGUCCGUCCCCGCGUCACCGCCCAAUUCGACUUGGGCCACGCCGCCGACGCGUUUCGCCUGUUUGAACAAGGCCACGUCCAAGGCAAAAUUGUAGUCGUCGUUGGGCCCUAGUUAGCUUUUGUAUAAUUCCAUAUUUUACCUAUAUAUAUAUAUAUUUCUAUCUACUUGCA